CAAGCUCCCUCCCUUGCUCAUCUGAUCUGGCCCACCCUCUUCUCAAGAUCUGCAUUUUCCCUCUUGUGCUCGUUAUCCUAGGGCAUUAGCCCCAGCGUCAGGCGGCAGUCCGGGAACGAUAUUAUCUGCGUUUGUGUGUGUGUGGCUCUUGCGGAGCUGACGGUCGAAGGGUGAAUGAGGCUGAUGCUGUUGUGCUGCACGUGGAAGGACGAGCGCAUGGGAGACGAAGGCAGCAGUUUGCCAGUGUGUGCCAGUUGCACUCAGAGGAUCUAUGAUGAGCAGUACCUGCAGGCUCUGAACACUGACUGGCACACAGCCUGUUUCAGAUGCUGUGACUGCAAGGCCUCUCUGUCACACUGGUACUAUGAGAAGGAGGGGCAGCUCUUCUGUAAGAAAGACUAUUGGGCGCGCUUCGGAGAUCUCUGCCAUGGCUGCUCGGAGCCGAUCAGCACGGGCCUCAUCAUGGUUGCAGGCGAACAGAAGUAUCACCCAGAGUGCUUCACCUGCCUGACCUGCGGAACCUUCAUCGGCGAUGGAGACACCUACGCUCUGGUGGAGAGGUCCAAGCUCUACUGUGGGCACUGUUACUACCAGACCAUCGUGACCCCAGUGACCCUGCCGGACUCCCCGUGCUCCAGGAUUCCGCACACGGUGACGCUGGUGUCAAUCCCAGCCUCCAGCGAGGGGAGGCGGGGCUUGUCUGUGUCCAUCGACAAGGACCAUGCCCCCAAUGGCCUUCUCCCUGAACACGGCCACACUGUACGCGUGUCUGAGGUGGAUGCUGACUGUAUCAGUCCGGACGUGAGGAACUCCAUUCACAUAGGGGACCGUAUCCUGGAGAUCAACGGGACCCCAAUCCGGAAUGUUCCACUCGAUGAGAUUGAUCUCCUGAUUCAGAGUACCAGCCGGCUACUGCAGUUGACAAUCGAGCAUGACCCCCACGACCCUGCUGUUUCGGGGGACCAGGUGGAUGGACCCAGUCCCCCUCAACCAAUCAUACGCUCCCCCCACCCCGACAUCACCUGCCUCCGCUCUCGAGCCAUCACGCGGAGCUGUAGUAUUGAUAAGUCUCCAGGGUCCAGUGCCGCCGCUUCCCCGCUGUCCCAGAGGAAGGACAUCGGGCGCUCGGAGUCGCUGCGCGUCGUGUCGAGCGACAGGACGCACAGAAUCUUCCGUCCCUCUGACCUCAUCCACGGCGAAGUGCUGGGAAAAGGCUGCUUCGGACAGGCCAUAAAGGUGACUCAUCGGGAGACCGGCGAGGUGAUGGUGAUGAAGGAGCUGAUCCGGUUCGACGAGGAGACCCAGAGACUGUUCCUGAAGGAGGUGAAGGUGAUGCGUUGUCUGGAUCACCCCAAUGUCCUGAGGUUCAUCGGGGUGCUCUACAAGGACAAGAGGCUCAACUUCAUCACUGAGUACAUCAGAGGAGGAACGCUCCGCGACAUCAUCAAAAACAUGGACAGUAUGUAUCCAUGGAAACAGAGAGUGAGUUUUGCCAAGGACAUCGCCUCCGGGAUGGCGUACCUGCAUUCCAUGAACGUAAUCCACCGUGAUCUGAAUUCACACAACUGUCUUGUGCGAGAGGAUGACAGCGUGGUGGUGGCGGAUUUUGGGCUGGCGCGCCUCAUGGUGGAGGACAAGGCCCAGGAGACACCGUCCGGGGCAAAGCUUUCGCGGCCGAAGCGUCCGGACCGCAGGAAGAGGUACACGGUGGUGGGGAACCCCUACUGGAUGGCCCCCGAAAUGAUCCACGGGAGGAGCUACGAUGAGAGAGUGGACAUUUUCUCCUUCGGCAUCAUGCUGUGUGAGAUUAUUGGUCGAGUGAAUGCGGACCCUGACUACCUUCCCCGCGCCAUGGACUUUGGGCUGAACGUGAGGGGCUUCUUGGAUCAUUACUGCCCCCCGGACUGCCCCCCAUCCUUCUUCCCCAUAGCGGCCUUGUGUUGUGACCUGGAUGCAGAGAAGCGCCCCUCCUUCCCCAAGCUGGAGGAGUGGUUUGAGAACCUGAAGAUGCACCUAGACAUCAGGCUCCCGCUGGUCUCUGAGCUGGACCAUAUCCAGCAGGCAUUCUGGGAGAAGCACGCUCGCCCGGAGAACGGGCUGCACGCUCACCCAGAGCAGCCCGAGUGAGCCCAGCUCCGCCCAAGAGGACCCCAGGGGCUCCAGUGGACUGGCGUGGGUGGGGGUGGGGGAGGCAGCAUGUGAUCCUGACAGGAGAGCUGUAGUUACAUGCUCCUGCCACAUGGGGCGCUGUGGUGGACUGAGUAAGCUGUGCCGUGUGUAACCAUUUCCUCCUCCCGCCAAAGCCAGAAUGUCUCGAGUGGUUCUGCUGCUGAAUGUGAGGUCUCUGUUGCGCCGCCAUUUUGUUUUUGUUUUUUUAAACUGAGGCUUGAAACCAAACACCAUCCCCUUGCAGGUCCGGCACUUAAAGACUUAUUAUUCUCAUAAUAGCAUAUCAUGUCUAAUGUUUUCAUACCGUCCUGGAAUUCAGUCCUCAGAUAACACUUAGUUGAAAGAGGGCUUUUCCUCCCUCAUAGAAGUGAGUGUCCAGAACUCAUAACAUUGUUUUAUUUAUUUAUGCUUGGGGGGGAAAAACAUGUGAAAAUGUGAGAUUGUGAAAUCUGCCAGACUAAUUAUGUGUACAUUACCCUAAGUCUGUUUGAUUUGUGUGUGUGUGUGUGUGUGUGUGUGUGUGUGUGUGUGUGUGUGUGUGAGACACUGAGAUAAUUACUUGUACUGUAGUGUUACUCUGGCAAUUCCUCAAUCUACGUAAUUUCUUGAUUUUAUUUUUUGUGUUGAGUGUAAAGCCCACCUUAAGUGUUCAAAUCACGUUGUAUAGCUUACGAUAUCAUGUGUUGUAAAUGUUUUAAAUUAUGUGUAUGUACAGAAAUAUUUUAUAUACUGAUGCUACAUCGCCAUAUUUUAGUAACCGCCAGGUUGAAACUGUCUGUGGCAGUGAACAGGGUGGGGGUGCAUCCAAGCAGGGCAUGGUCGGUCACCGUGCGGUUUAGUGGGGCGUGGUCUGUAACCGUGCGGUUGAGUGGGGCGUGGUCGGUAACCGUGCGGUUUAGUGGGGCGUGGUCGGUAACCGUACGGUUUAGUGGGGCGUGGUCUGUAACCGUGCGGUUGAGUGGGGCGUGGUCUGUAACCGUGCGGUUGAGUGGGGCGUGGUCUGUAACCGUGCGGUUGAGAGGGGCGUGGUCUGUAACCGCAAGCAGGUCCAUGUACUCACAAGCGCCUGCAUGUUUGCACCAAUACAGGGCUUCAGCAGCCAGGAAAACAGACACCUCUUUAUCUGGACCGCAAUCAUAAUAAUAAUAGUUAAUGCUGUUACGAGUGCAUUUUGAGUUUGAGUGAUGGGAGUCCUAGGUGCCUAUUUAGAAUGGGACGGGGGGCAGGAGACACCCCCCACUCUGAAAUCUGAUUGUGUUCCACCCUGGGCCUUCCUGCUCACUGUGAGCAUGUGCGUAAAUGGCGUCACUAAGGACGUGUUGAUGUCGGCCCGUACCGAAACCCCAACCGGUUCUGACCGGCUGCUCAGUGUCAUGGAUGGUCACUGGCCUGCUUCGGACCGGGCCCUUCUGUUAAAUCCAGUACUGCCUGUGAUUUAAUCGCAAAUGCAGAACCUUGGUGGAAAAAGCAGACAGACCACAUAGACCAGUUUAAAGGAUAAAAAUAAUCUCAUUGAAUCUUCCUCAAAUGGAACCAGUGUAAUCUUUUUAUAUAGAUUUUCCUCUAAUAUAAUUUGCACUAUAUUUUCUCAGCAGCCAGCCCUGAGGUCUAUGCUUAUUUUCUCUGGUGUAAAAUAAGCAUGAGUUCUAAUGUCAACAGGCCCUAUUGGAGCUGCCCUCCGGGUAAUGAGCAAAGCAGAGUCUGGGUCUUUCUGUGAGCACAGGGAGGUCUCUGUGAGCAGAGGGAGGUCUCUCUGAGCAGAGGGAGGUCUCACUGUAGUAACUCAUAGAUCAAAGAUGAGAAACCCACUGUUUGCUUCUGUUAGUUGAUUUCCAUUACGUGAGUAAACAAAAACUAUGUGAGCUUCAGUUUACAGUGUGAGUACAUGGGUAUACGGGAGAACUCUGUCCAAUGUACAGUGCAUGUAGUUUGACCUUUUCUGCGCUUUCUGGAUACAGAAUUCACUACGAUGCUGUAUAAUGUUCGCUGGUGAUACUCAGGAAGGUGUGCCCUGCGGCUAGAAGAGCAGCUUCUCUAUUGUGUCUCAGGAGUUUGAGGGUCUCGGCGCAUGGUGUUUGGUGCUUUGACUAAAGUUUAGCGUAUUAAAUAUUUAGUUUUAUUUGCCACAUAAAUGCCCCCCGGUUCUGCUGCCUUGCUAACGAUCCUUUCAGUCACGGCCGAUGUGUCACGAGCCUGUUCACGCGCCGAACUCACGACACACAAUGAAAGCCCCGUUCGCGCUCCUCGUUCAGAACGCACUUGAAGUACUCUUUUAACACUGGAAACCCGAAUGUUCUGCUCAGGUAACAAUGUACUGGAGUCGUGGUGUUUGUAGUGAAGCCAUGCUAUCGCAGGAGGGCAGUAGUCCCACUGUGUCGACCAUUACCAUUUCACGCGCAAAGACGCAAUCGAGGGGUUUUAUGUACUUCUUGGAGAGUCGGACAAGGCAUGGUGUUUGCGUGAAUGUCUCCAGGAAACUGCUAAUUCUUAUUUUCAAAGGAUCCUUACCUCCAACAUUGCUGUGCCUUUGUUUUAAGCUAGUCUUGCCAACGACUUGUAGCAUGUUUAUCAAAAAUGAUUUUGUAUAAUAAAUGUAUGCCUAAAUAUAUUUUAUAUCAUCACUGAUAUCCUGUUUUAUUAUAUACUCCCCGGGCCAUAUUUUCCAUAUAUCCAUUGUCUUCAUUUAAAUGUGGGGAUUGUGUUUUUUUUUCUUCUUCUUGUAUAUUUAUUUUUUUUACACAAGCUGUGAAAACAAGUGUGCACUUUAUUUAAGGAUUUGAAUCCGAGGAGAGGACUGUAUCUCACUACAGCUGGAAUUAAAUGACCUCUCCUUAAAAACA